GGCUGAUUCCGUUGUGCCGCGAGCUCGCAGCCCCUCGCCUAGAAACACAAAACCCUUCGACGGGCAUGUGCUUCUGGGACCAAAAUCAAGAUUCUAGCGACUAAGAGAAGAGGACACGACGAGGAAAACCGAGCGAUCAAUGUUCCAGCAUCACCCGGAGGCCUCGGUCAGCAGCAGUUCAGAUGGCAGCAGUGGCGGGGUGCUAAAGAGCAAGAAGGAGCUACGACAGGAGCGGAAGAAGCGUAAACUGCUCGCCCUGUCCGCGGUGAUGAUGCUCAACGAGCAACAGCGCAUCGGAAAGCACAACAGAUUGUUACUACCUGCUCCAGUGGACGGCGACGGCGAUACUCGGGUCACUGUCUUCGAUCAGCAAGCUACAACCGCCGAGUGUAACGGCGAGAAACUAAGGACCAUUUUAGCACACCAUCAUACCGCGUUCGAUAUAGUUCCGGACGAGAACGCGCAAGGAGAACACAGCGAGCAGCAACGUGAGACGGGAGAGAAAAAACGAAAGAAGCAGUCGGAAGAUAAGAAAGUGCAUACGACUGAAGUGGAUGAACAAAACGGUGGUGACGCACGAGACGACUACCGAGCCCUUAAAGCGUACGUGAAUCAGAAGAAAGCUAUGCGCUACUCACCAACUAUUUCGCUCCGGCCAGUCGGCGAGGAUGCGCUGUUGGAUCGGAAACCGAAAGACGCCCGUAUUCCGCUGCUGCUAGAUGAUAUACAGGCGCUGCUUAUGCACACCCUGCUGCGUACCGAUUCACCGACGACGCCACGCUGGCUAACGAUACAGAAGAGCCUCCGCCUCACGCACACGACCGCGCUGAUCGUCGAAGGGUUCUCGUGUGAGGACUUUGUUUCGUUGCGUGAGCAUAUGCCGCGAAGUACGAAAUCUAUCUUCAACUCCCAGACCGUACUGCAGGUCGUCUGUCCGGCGGUAAAGAUCAUCGAAGAGAUUGCCUGCGUUCCGUUGAGCGAUGUGCACCGGGAUAUUCUUGUAGCCGAGUAUGGAUCGCUGGAGGCGGCAAUGAAAACCUGCAAAGAUCAGAUGCUAAUCCAGAAGAGCAUUUUUCCCAACAUUGCCCGGACACCGCAGUUCCUGAACAAGGGCACAGAUUACAGCGAUCUGAAACUGCCACCCGGAGAUGCGUUCCCGCGUACCCUUCUACUCCUUUCGCCCAUCCAGAUGAUCAAUGAGGGCUUUCCGCUACCGCUCACGGGCACGCUGCAGCACUUGUACAAGGAUUAUGUGACGACGAGCGAAAUGUACAAACCCGUCACACCCUGGUCGCCCAUGUUCGGUAUCGAUUGCGAGAUGUGCGGCACGGCCGAUGGUAGCUCCGUGUUGACGCGUAUCUCCGUAGUCAACGAAGAGAGCACGCUCGUGUACGAUAAGUUGGUCAAACCAUUCAAACGGAUCACCGACUAUCGGACUCGGUUUUCGGGUAUUACGGAGGAAAUGCUCCGUUCCGUAACGACGCGACUGGCCGAUGUGCAGCGGGAUAUACGGGCGUUGCUACCACCGGAUGCAAUCCUGAUCGGUCAAUCGCUCAACAGCGAUCUCGAUGCGAUGCAAAUGAUGCACCCGUACGUAAUUGAUACGAGCAUCGUUUUCAACGUAACCGGCAAUCCGGCGACCAAGACGAAGCUGCAAGUCCUGUCGAAAAAGUUUCUCGAGCGGAACAUCCAGUGCGGUACCGAUGGACAUAAUCCGAUCGAGGAUUGCAGCGCCUGCUUGGCGCUGGUAAAGCAGAAACUGUCGAAGAGCCUCUACUACGGUGAUCGGUGGUUGCUAGAUCGGCAAAACUACUUCAGUCUCGUCACCGCCGAUAGGGGUAGCCGAGUAGGCAUUGCUGAUCCGGAAACACUCGUCCAAAUCGAUCAACAGGAGCCACAAUCGGAACCCAACAGCGCGACCGCAACGAAUAACGACGGUGCUGGCAAUGGUAGUGAUCUUGCGUCAGAAGGAAAGAAAAAGCUGGCCCAGCAAAUUACUUCGACAUUGUUUGCGCACGCAAAGAAGCGCAACAAACGGUCCACCAUCGUCACCAACGAUGGUGGGCUGGAAAUCUUCGAGGCAUACUUCGGAAACGCCUUACGGAAUGCAGCCGCCACAUCCACCAAGCAGCAGCAGCAGCAGCAACAACAGCUUUCCUUCAUCCGCAAAGAAACAGCCAAGGAAACGAUUGACCAGACGGCAGCCGAUUGUUUGCAGUUCGAUUUCAACCUGGCCUACGUCAAGCUGUCUCCGCCGACCGCGACCGAGGAAAGAGUUGCCAUGGCAAAGCAGUUGGACGGUUGGAUUAACCAGCUGUACAAUGCACUUUCGCUUAACGGGCUGCUAGUGGUUCUGUUGGUUGGCAAGGAGCAGGGGCAGUCGGGCAACCCUGGACAUCGUAUGGGUGUUGCUAUGGUACAGACAAAGAAACACUAAAUUGCCUUCCGCCAUGCGUGGGAAUUCUUGUUUGUUUUGGUGUUUUGCAAUGAAAUGGAUUUAAUUUUUGUAAUUUACAUCAAAGGUACCCAUAAAUGUUACGCACUGAAAAGAUGAAUAUAUUCCGGAAUUUAAAAAAACA